AUGGAUGAACGUCAAGAGUUUGGUCGUUUAAUCCCUCGUCAAAUCGUUGCAAUGCUGCUCUCCAUUUUCGCCAUCUACAAAGGACACGACCUGAAAUCAGAUCCGAACCGUGGAACAAAGACGGGACGCGUUGCAUCGGAGUUCAACACGUUAGCGAAUAUCUGUUUCACGCUGGUGGUCGCCAGAAUCACUACAACGUCGGUGGUGAUGGAGCGCAUACGAAGAACAAGAGAGGAUUGCGACGCACACCUUUUGCUUGGCUCCGUCUUACUCUUGCUCUCCCUCGCCCUCUCCGCGUAUCUUCGCUGCUGCUGA